CACCGACUAAGCACACACACACACAUGGGGGCGUCCCACUCAACAACUUGUAGCGCUACACGCAGCGUGUUGCCGCUAAAGUUUCACGGCACGCAUUUGGUGCGUCACUAACGUUACUUCCCGUUCAUCCAGAUUCCUACACAGCAAGAAACAAGACAACAGCUCCGGGGUCCGAAGUAGGUGGUGUUUCCCUGACCUUGCAGGAUGGAUCCAGGAAAAAGCCAGCUGCUGAAUUCUCUGAAGGCCUACCUGAGCAACAAAACCAGAUUACAACCCAUUAUUGGCCUGGGUACUAUUCUAGAGUGUGUGAAUGUGAGUUCACGGAUCAGAGAGACACUGUACCUGUGUGAGGUGUGUGCGUGCAGACUCACCAAAGGUGACAUGCGCAACCACAUAAUGGGGAGUCACCACAGAUUCAAUUACAUUAAAGCCCGUCACCCCCACUUAGUGUCUAAGUGGCUGGAGAGCCCUGACCUCUCUAAGAUGGCUUGGCCUCUGAUGGAGUUGGCUAAAGUGUUGGAGAAAAAAGAGGGACCAGGACAUGUCCAAUUCUUCGAAGUUCAAGAUGAGCUUUACCAGAUGAUGGCAACACAGAGUGAAAAUCAUGUAACUCUGAUGAAGACCUUAAGACAACAGCAGGCUGAGUUGGAGAUCUUUUCAGAAACGAGACCUUUGCAUUAUCCCGUUGUGUCGCAUAGGAUUGUUUUGCCUGAUCGCAACCAACGAGAACAUCCAGAGAUGUUUGACAGGGCUGACAUGAAAUCAUUUCAGUUCUCACAACAAACAGAGUCAAAGGCAUACUUACAAAACACAUCAACACCACAGUUGGAGAAGGUCCAGAUGUUGGCUGAGCCCUCUGUAGAACUGGAGGACAGCGGUGGAGUUGUGCAUGACUUCACUGGAGCCAAGCCUCUUAUUGGUCUUGGCCGUGUGGUUGAGUUUAGAAGUGAAGACGGCUGCUCAUAUUGUUUCUUAUGCCACUGCUGUCGCAUAAGAUCCACCAAAAAAGACAUGAUUGAUCACCUAACCAGCUCCUCUCAUUUGGUUAACUACCUGAUGGAGAUUUAUCCCAACCAAAUAGAAGCUUUGGGUGAAGUUACUGAAGAUAACUUCCAGCUUCAGUCACUGGCUGCCAGAGUGGAGGAAGAGGAGGGCAGAGGAGAGAUGAAGGUAGUAAAUGUACCAGAGUCCAUCUGUAGUCAACUCACUGGCAAAAGUUACCACUGGUGUUUAAAAAUGCUUUCGAGUGGAGGGGAACAUUUUACCCUCCAACAAAAAACAGAAACUGUCAUAGGUGUGAACAAGAUUACAGCUCGACAUGUGCCGGAGAAAAUCUCUUUAGUGAUGUCCAAAAGAGCGAAACCAAUGAAGAAGAGGAAGAAGAAAAAGAAUAAGACUAAUACUAUGUUCAAUGUGAGCUUGCCUCUUGGUGAAGGUGACCUGCUGCUGGAGAGAAGAUCUUUUAUCGUGAAUCGGUCAUCUUCAUCAAAACUAGAACCAAUUACAUCACCCUCUGAGAUAGUGGAAAAUGGAUUUCUUGCAGAUAACCCUGUAAAUCCUGUUGAUACUGACUCAGAGCCACAAACCUCCCAACCAAAGCAACAUCUCUACCAAGAAGAUGCAGAAUCUACUGAAUAUAUGCCAGAGAGACACAUCACAAUCACAGUAUUUCAGGACAGAGAUGGUUUUGUUGAUAACCAAUCUGGACAAAACAAACCAAUGGGAUCUCAGGAAUGCUCAAGUGAAGACUGGAAACAUGAAGGUUUACAGUCCCAGAGUGGGGGGCUUUGUGUUGCUAGACCGCUAGAGGAGUGGUCACCCUAUAACUCGUACUACGUAAAGCAUCAGAUUGGCACUGAUCUGUGGUACAGUACAGCAUCAGCUGGAGCAAGAGAGGAAGCAUUGAGACAAGAGAGAGAAUUGAUGGAGGUAAACUUGAGUUCUGUUCAGCUGCAUCAAACUCCGCAGCCAUCAUGGGGCGAAGAACGGCCUCACACUGACAGCAUAUGGGAACAUCAAGUUGUUCCUUAUUUAAAGGCUGCCAGGAUAAACAUGGAACCUUACCCAGGACAUAUCCCUGGGUGCAGCAUUUCAUCAGAUUCUAGAGGACUGGGUCAUGGGACUGAACCAGUCCAGACACACACAGAAUUCAUUACUGACCAUCACCAAAUGGCUCCACAGUGUUAUACGACUCCUUCUACAACGUUUGAAGUCACCCCAAUACAGCAGAGGUUGAUGUUUUAUGCCAACCAUGGUGCUUUACCAUGGGCCAACCCAAACUUUAUGCAUCCAGUCACAGAUCAUGGUGGUGGGGGAUGGACUCAGACUGAUGCUUCCAUGCAGCCCAGGCAAGCUGUGCCUUAUUGAGCCAGUCCUGAUGUUUAUUUCAGAGCUGGAAUCCAAACCGAAUAAAAACAAACUUCAUGAUUCACAGGAGAUCCUACCACUCUGGGUUUUAUGUAGGGUUAAAAAUAAGAAUCGCUUUUAAAAUUUAUCAUCGAUACAAAUUGGAGUCCCCUAAACUAAAAUAAAAAUGAUUAUUGUUCAGCUAAUCCCUAAACUGGAAAUGAUUUCUGUCUGAAGAACUGAAGAGACAAAAGGCCAUAUUGUGACAGAUGUCAUUGGAUGUGCCUGGGUUUAACCAAACACCUGAACAUGUACAAGAUCUCACUAAGUAUAAGACUGAGUGCAAACCAAAAUUACAUUUUAUUUUUUCAAGUUCUGUUUUUUCUUUUCAUCUUACCAAACUGCCUUACACAUGCUUCCUCACACAAUUGUUCUAAUGUUGUUUUGUUUUAAAUGUGCAACUCUUUAUAUUGGUUCAGAUGUAUUGUCACAUAGAAAUGUACUUCCAAAUGAAUGUCAAUACUCACA